AAAAUCAGUCUCUUAAUAAACACAAGAAGCUUCUUAAUGCUUCAAAACCUGACUAAACUCUAAUAGCAAAAUGAUAGCUUGAAGAUCUAAAAGGAAUUUUUUUUUCUUUUUUAGUUGAAGAAAGAAAAGAAAAGAACAAUGGGGUGUUCAUUUUCAGGGUUGAAUGCUUUAUACGACGCCGUAAAUGGUGGAGGGGACGUUUGGAUCAAUGACAACAGGUUCAGGAUCGUGAGGCAGUUGGGUGAAGGUGGGUUCGCUUAUGUCUAUUUGGUGAAGGAAGUCAUAUCCGACGCCUCUUCAGCUUCAUCUGUUGGCUUAGCCAAAAAAGUCAAGGACCCUUCUCAUCUUUCUGAUGAUGGAACUUAUGCAAUGAAAAAAGUUCUCAUUCAGAAUAAUGAGCAGUUGGAAUUGGUUCGUGAGGAGAUCCGUGUUUCAUCCUUGUUUAGUCACCCUAAUCUGCUUCCACUUCUGGAUCAUGCUAUCAUUGCCAUUAAGCCUACACAAGAAGGAUCAUGGAAUCAUGAAGCAUAUUUGUUAUUUCCUGUUCAUUUGGAUGGAACAUUAUUGGACAAUUCCAAUGCUAUGAAAGCUAAAAAGGAAUUCUUUCCUACCUCAGAUGUUCUUCAAAUAUUUCGGCAGCUGUGUGCAGGGCUCAAACAUAUGCAUGGUCUUCUUCCUCCAUAUGCACAUAAUGAUGUCAAGCCAGGAAAUGUUCUUUUAACCCGAAGAAAAGGGCAAGCACCACUUGCUAUAUUGAUGGAUUUCGGGAGUGCUCGUCCUGCAAGGAAACAAAUCCGCUCUCGUUCUCAGGCACUCCAGCUUCAGGAAUGGGCAUCUGAGCAUUGUUCAGCACCUUUCCGAGCUCCUGAGUUGUGGGAUUGCCCAAGCGAUGCAGAUAUUGAUGAGAGAACUGAUAUUUGGUCGUUGGGAUGCACUUUAUAUGCAGUAAUGUAUGGGGUAUCUCCGUUUGAGUACGCACUUGGAGAAUCCGGAGGAAGCCUACAAUUGGCCAUUAUAAAUGCACAGAUCAAGUGGCCAGCUGGACCUAAACCACCAUAUCCGGAAGCUCUUCACCAGUUUGUGACAUGGAUGCUUCAGCCUCAGGCUGCUGUUCGCCCACAGAUAGAUGAUAUCAUAAUUCAUGUAGACAAGUUAAUCUCAAAGUUUUCACAGUGAUACCAUAUAGGGCAGUGAAGAUUAGAGCAUUCCAACCAUUAAUGCAUACAAGUUUAUCAAAGCAAUAGCAGUUCUUUAGUAAUGUUACAUGGUUUGGACUUAGCUGUCUUAGUUGUGUCGAUAACUAUAUGACGUCAUGUUCUUUAGUAAUGUUACAUGGUUUGGACUUAGCUGUCUUAGUUGUGUCGAUAACUAUAUGACGUCAUGUUCUGUAAUUUAUUGAAGUCCAGAUUUCUACAUUCAUGAUUCGAUUUGAUAGAAAAACCUCAAUAAUUUGUGUUAUCCAUUUAGUUUAAUGUUUCAGAUAUCCCAGUUUUUCUGAGUGUU